AUGAAACAGUUGCCUUAUCGUCCAGUAUUACCUAAAAUUUUUAACCCACAUGCUCCGGGCCAAAAUGGUACAGGCAUAGCUGUAAUACCGCAUAGUCAUCAGAAAGCACAUAAUGAUUUACUUCGUAAUUACGGAUUUAAUGCUUGGGCAAGUCGUCAAAUUCCCGUCAAUCGAUUAAUACCUGACUCACGUCCUAAAAGUUGUCGUGAUGAGAAGUAUUUAGUAAAUCUACCACCUACAAGUGUCAUUAUUGUCUAUUACGAUGAAGAUCUAACAACAUUACUGCGCACACUUCAUAGUGUAAUAGAUCGAACAUCGCCUUCAUUAUUAAGAGAAGUUAUCUUAAUUGAUGAUCAUAAUGGAUCUAGGCUGCAUUUAGAACAUUAUCUUUCUUGGUUUCACAAAGUUCGAUUUUAUAGAAAUAAACAAAGAUUAGGAUUAAUUCGAUCUCGAUUACUAGGAUUUUCAUAUACUAAAGCGCCUGUGGUCACCUUUCUUGACUCCCAUUGUGAAGUUAAUGUCGGGUGGUUAGAACCAUUAUUGAGGCGUGUAAAUGAAGAUCCAACUGUUGUUGUAACGCCGGAGAUUGAUUUAAUUGAUGCCAGUAGUUUUCGAUAUCUCUAUGGUCCUAGUGGUCUAAUUCGUGGUGUUUUUGACUGGAAUUUAAAAUUUAAAUGGAAGGUUAUCCCUCGAGAGGAGCGAUUAGCUCGUAAAUCACCAAUUGAAUCUGUCAGAUCACCAACUAUGGGAGGUGAUAUUUUUGCAAUCGAUCGAAAAUUCUUUCAAAGUAUUGGUAAAUACGAUAGCCAAGUAGAAACUUGGGAAGUUGAACACCUUGAAAUCUCAUUUAGAAUUUGGUUAUGUGGAGGUAAAAUAGAAAUUAUUCCCUGUUCCCAUGUUGGCCAAGUUUUGCGUAGUUUUCAGCCUUAUCAACCGCCGCAAAGUUUCGAUGAUUAUCUCGGUAAGAAUUCUCAACGCAUCGCCGAAAUUUGGCUGGAUGAUUAUAAAGAAUUUUACUAUCAACGUUACCCUCAUCUACGUCAAAAUUUUCUUGGCGAUAUAACUGCUGAAUUGCGUCAGCGUCAAAAGCUUGGUUGUAAAAAUUUCCGAUGGUACUUAAACAACGUAUUUACUGAUGCUGUUUUUCCAAAUGAAUCCGUUAUGGCAGAGGGCAAAAUUAGAAAUCCUGCUUCGGCUAAUUGUCUUAUGGUAGCAGGUAAAACUAAUUCCUAUGUCCGACUAAUUACAUGCGUGCAUGACACUAGUUCCAUGAUCUUUAGAUUUACAAUCCGACGAGAAAUUGAGAUUAAUGGAAAAUGUUUAGAUGCAAAUAGAUCUAAAAGAGGUUCAAAAAUUCAAUUAGUCGACUGUCAUCGAAUGCGAGACAGCCAAGAAUGGAAGCACAAGGUAAGCGACAUUAAUAUACUUCAUGUGAAAAGUGGUAUGUGCUUAGAUCGUGGCUUAAGUCUAACUCCAGUACUAAUGCCAUGUGAUCAUAAGCGAAAGCAAAUUUGGGUAUUUGACAAGUACUAUCCAAAUGUGAAAUCGAAAUUCCAGUAG